UGUUUUUCUUUUUGAUGCUUUCUUUGAUUUGCAUUGAAGGUGUCCUUGGAGCUGGAAUGAAAGAAAAAAUUCAAAAGAAAUUCGGAAUCGGAGGGGCAGGAAGUUCUAAAGGAACUGGAAAGCAUCUUGGAGAUGAAGGGGCUGGAACCUCUGGCGGUGGAAGUCAACAAGGUGAACAGCCUGUCUGGGGACAAUUCCAUGGACUUGAUUUAGAUAAUGCCAAACAAUACAAAAUUAAAAUAUAUGCAAAACAAUGUAACUUAUAUACAUAUACAUAA